GAGCUGCCGGGGCCCGGUGAGCUGCCGGGGCCCGGGCAGCCGGGUGGGUGCCGUGCCGAGCUCACCCCUGAGCCGGUCACACGCCGGUGCUCCGGUCAUUAGCCGCGGGGAUGUGUCAGUGGACAGAACACUCAUGUCAUUCAUUCUGUUCUGGUCACUUUUUUUUUGUUCAGUGAAUGACACCAGCAUUUGUCAAAACUCUGCUUUGCUCUGUGUAGGUUUGUGGAAAACCCAGAUUUCCAAAAUGAAUAAAGAUGCGCAGAUGAGAGCAACCAUUAACCAAAAGCUAAUAGAAACAGGAGAGCGAGAACGCCUUAAAGAGUUGCUGAGAGCCAAAUUAAUUGAAUGUGGCUGGAAGGAUCAGUUGAAGGCACAUUGCAAAGAUGUCAUUAAAGAAAAAGGACUAGAGCAUGUUACUGUUGAUGAUUUGGUGGCAGAAAUCACUCCCAAAGGCAGAGCUUUGGUACCAGAUAGUGUAAAGAAGGAGCUCUUGCAAAGAAUAAGAACCUUCCUUGCUCAGCAUGCCAGUCUUUAACUUUGACAUUCAUCUGGGAUACAGUUUCCUGCAUUACAUCAGUCAUGUCAGGAUUGGAAUGCAGUUUACAUACUUAAGAUGAAAAAUCAUUAAUUUUUCUUUGCACUGCAUCAAUUUCUUAAAGUUGGUGUUAUUUUAAUAAAAAAUUUUGUGGACUCACGGUUCUAAGGGG